GCAGAUUGUUCUAGGAAGUGGGCUGUCAGAGCUGUGGCGAACACUACCUCAGCUGCUGUGUCCAGCUCUGUUUUUCUUGGACCUUUUAUGUUUCUUUCAGCAGAGGCAUGGUCCGCAUCACACCGCUGCGUUUCAGAGACACCAUCAGCGCAUAAGACGGCCAGGCGCCAUAAUCAGCGAGGAGGUUCCCUGAUACUCCCCCAGCGGAGGUGUGUCUAGAUGAUUAAAGGGAAACUUGCUGGGCCCUGUGAGAGUCGUGAGAAAGAGGAAGAGUUGGGCAAAGAGCAGCUGACACAAAGUGUCGUUAUUUACGCCUUAUUCAGCUUUGACAGCCUACACCACUUGGACUGUAACAUUAAAGAGAAAAAACGUCCUGCAGAGAGAGGUUUGACCGCAUCACUGUGGGUUGAAGAGACGUCACCUCUUCACAUUUGACUUCCGAGUCGAGUUUAAUCGGAGGGGAGUCUGAGCUUAAACUAUUUUUCCCUGACGGGCACGAACGUGUAUAUCAAGCAUAAUCAUGCACACCCACGAGUCGGACCUGUACACCAUCUCCCCUGAGAUGCCGGCCAUGUUUGACGGCGUGAAGCUGGCGGCUGUUGCCACGGUGCUCUACAUCAUCGUCCGCUGCUUGAACCUGAAGAGUCCCACCGCACCACCAGAACUCACCUACCAGGACACGGCACUCAACCGCUUCCUGCUCAAGUCCUGCUCUCAGCUGACCAAAGAGUACGUUCCGCCAUUGCUGUGGGGUAAGAGCGGUCACCUUCAAACGGCGCUGUAUGGUAAACUGGGUCGGGUGAGCUCACCUCACCCCAGUGGAAUCCGGAAGUAUCUGCCCAUGCAGGAUGGAGCCACGGCAACGUUUGACCUCUUUGAGCCCCUGAAGGACCAUCAAACAGGAGACGACAUCACCAUGGUGAUAUGUCCUGGCAUUGGGAACCACAGCGAGAAGCAUUACAUCCGGACCUUUGUGGAUUACGCCCAGAAGGACGGAUACAGGUGUGCUGUGCUGAACCACCUGGGUGCUCUUCCCAACAUCGAGCUCACAUCUCCACGCAUGUUCACUUACGGGUGCACAUGGGAGUUUGCAGCAAUGGUUGGCUACAUUAAGAGGACAUACCUUCAGACCCAGCUGGUCGUUGUGGGCUUCAGCCUGGGUGGGAACAUCGUUUGCAAGUUCCUGGGCGAGAACAGAGUGAACCAGGAGCGGGUGCUGUGCUGUGUGAGUGUCUGUCAGGGAUACAGUGCUCUCAGGGCUCAGGAAACAUUCCUUCAGUGGGAUCAGUUCAGACGCUUCUAUAAUUUUCUCAUGGCAGACAACAUGAAGAAGAUCAUCCUCUCACACAGGCACAGUCUGUUUGGAGAUGGCUUACUGAAAAAGGUCGAUGCAGACCUCAGUCGACUGUACAUUGCAACAUCCCUCAUGCAGAUUGACGACAACAUCAUGAGAAAACUCCACGGCCACAGCUCCCUCAAAGAGUACUAUGAGAAGGAGAGCUGUGUACAUUAUAUCCACAAUGUGGAUGUGCCACUACUGCUGGUAAACUCUGCAGAUGAUCCUCUGGUUCAUGACUCACUGCUUGCCAUCCCUCGCACUUUAGCAGCAAAAAAGCCGAACGUGAUCUUCGCUCUGACGCUUCACGGAGGCCACCUGGGCUUCUUUGAGGGUGACGUGCUCUUCCCUCAACCCCUCACCUGGAUGGACAAAGUGAUUGUGGGUUUCGCCAACACCAUGUGCCAGUGGGAGAAACAGAAACCCCCCUGCCAAAGUGGCCUCCUCACGGGGAGCUCCUGCAUAGAGGCGAAAGCCUAAACCUCAGUAUCUUUCUCAUUCCUUCUCUUCAUUUAAACAUCUCACACUUUCCAGCACCACAGUUCCAACAUGGCACUGAGGAGACACUUUAAACUGCUCCUUGUCUCCGCCUUCUCCUCCGGUGCUACUCACCACUUCCAAAAAACACACACAUGCCAUUUACACCCAUUUGUAACCACCAUCACCUUACAAGGUGUGAACAACAAAAAAGGAAACUAACUGCCUUCACUUCAGAGCUGGAACAUUUUGUCAGUCUUCAUCAGACAUCAGUGAUGCUCGUAAUGGAUGCAUAGACCAAAUAUCAAGUAGGAUAAAGCUGAGCUGACUUUAGUUUGGGGGUAAAAAAAAAAAAUGCCAGUAUGAUUUUUAUACCAGUGAGAAACAAGCACACGAGAAGUCACAGAAAGCAAUGUCAGCGCGGCUGUUGGUGCCUGUUUCUUGCACCCAUGAGAAGCUCACUGCUUAUCACCGCCAAGCCCAUAGAGCCUAGUCUGCUGUAUUUGUAGUUUGUCUGUUUAUAUGUCUAACUGUGAGAUGUUAAAGAGUACAUCUGUGUGUGUCUGUGUCACGCAGUAUGGGACGUGUGGUCUUUGUGUUGAGCAAAUUCUCCUUUCCUGGGUUGUUGUUGUUUUUUGGGUGAACUGUUGCUUUGUUGUACAGUACAAAAAUGAAGUGAUGCUCUGUAUUAUUUACAGCUCAUAACAUCCUUCUGGUUGAAAAUCCAACUUUUGCAUUUUGUCAGCAGGCAUGACCAGGAACUAACCAUAGAUGAGAUAAUGCCCACAUUCCCUCAUGCAUAUUCCUCUUUGAUCUAGUGCACUUUACACCUCGUAUGCCAUGAUGUUUUGCAUUCACUUAUUAGUGGAAGUGCAAGUAUUAGUAAUGGUUUAGCCAACCUUUGACAAAUAUGAAUAGUUAAAGGGAGCAAGGAUGAUAACAAAAGGUUAUAUGACUCAAAUGUUCCCCAAGCUGUCUUUGAGCCCUCUUACUUUCUUUCACCUUUGAUCAGCUGCAGGUUCAGCUAAGCAGUCAUAUUUAUGCCUCCAUUAACACGUAACACCCCACAGAGGCUAACGCUCAGCUCUGCACAUUUGGUGCAAACAUCACAACAACCGUGUAGACAAAACAAUACAAUAAACUGAUGCGAUGUGGUGCUACUGAAGGGGAAAUCAAAUAAGUAAAAGGUAUUUUUCUUCUAUGAGCUGAGGUUUGGUGAGUAGGAGGGCUGAAGAUACCAAAGUUGAACCAAACUUAUUUUAAUGGAUUGUUUAUCAAAUACCUGUGAUUGUCCUGUAUGUAUAUUUAGAUGGAAGAUGCUGCAUGUCCGGAAGAAAAACAGCUUUCCGUUCUGAGGAUUUUUUUUUUUCAGCCAAUGUAUUUAAGAGCUUAUUGUACUUAUUUAUGUUUUUUCACAGGACUGACUGUUUAAAGUGUUGGAAGCACCGCAGCAUGAUGUCAAAAUCAAACUGUAAUGCUGGGACUAGUGGACCGGUCAGAUCCAGACACUGUUAAAAGUGAACACAAACCAUGUUCCAAGGGCUUAGGAAGCUUCUGUCAAGGUUUCACCCAGACAAGAAACCUGCGGUUGAAAAGUUGCUGCUGAACACUGUGAUGAUGAGACACAUGGGUGGUUUGAAACGAUGAAGUGACUGACAACAGUGCCUUUUGUUAGGCUGUACAAGCCAGUGUUUAUGUUCUAAUACCUGGGUGGUAGUAUUUGUGUUUCUGCUGUAAGAAUCAGAAUACUAUCCAUGCCAAACUUCAUUUUAUGUACUAAUUUAAACUAACUGAGCAGCUAGAAUAACACAAGUAAUGAUAUAAAUAUUUAUAUCUUGAGCCUUUAACGUUUUUAUUGACAGUAGAAAUGGUAGCCUUAGUAUGCUUUUGUUAAAUUGCUUUGCUAGUCUUGACUUAAAUCGGCCAUCGUUAAGGUUUAGGAUUGUUUGUAAGUUUUAUACAUUUCCAUGAAGUCUAUUCAGAGCAGAUACUAUGAAUUCCAGGUAUUAAUCUCACCACAAUGAGAACUGGAUCCAACUUUCCCUCCUUCAACACAGGGCUUCUGCCAGCACUGAACACCAUCCAUAUGCUUUUUGAAAUGUCUUCUGUUUAUUUACUGGGAGGGAAAAUUGAAGGAGAACUUCAUCAGAAUCAGAAAGAAUUAAAAAAAACCAACUCUUUCUAAAGGUUCCUCUGCCCCAGCCCUUGUCCUUCGCCUCUGAUGGCACUGUUGCCAUCUGCUGUCAGGGAGAUUUAACUACAACUCCCAAAUUUUCAUAGCAUCGUGUGCUCAUCCACCCACAGUCUGCUUGCAUGGUUUCACUCGUCCACAGCUCUCGUUUCUUACGAAACAGUCGUGGUUAGGGGUUCUUCAGGCUCACUGAAGGUUCCUCGAUGACACCAGCACUACAUCAGUUUCUGCACUAAGAGCUGUUUGGUUUUCUUUUAAGACUUCUGCCUCUCUCCAACGUUGCACAAAACUGCAAGCUUGGAUGUAUUAUUCAGAUCUUUUUGUUUGUAUCAUUUUAAUUGUUUUGUAUUUUGUCUUUUAUUUUGUUAUUAUUUGCUUGUGCAAAUGCAGUACAGUGUUGUGUAAAUGAGAGAAUACUGUGUCAUUUUAAUACAUCUGAUCAACAGCAACCAAAACUUUACAACAAAAAAGGUGAAUUGGAUAUAUUGGACUUUUUCUUUUAAGGGAGCAGGAAUAUAAACCAAUCACUGCAAUAACCAGUCAGGGAAGAUGUUUUAUAAAACUGUUGAGAUUUAUAACGGGGGGAAAUAUGUUAGACCAAACGUGUUAUGCACAUUUAGAUCAUUUUCUUUUGGGUUGUGGAAUCUUAAAAGUUGUUUUCAUGUCAACAAAAAAAAAUGUGAUUCUACCACCAAUGCUUUAGGGUUCUGUCCUCAUAUUUAUUUACUUAAAAAUGAAGACAUACGUUUUUUCCAGCUGCUUUAAAUAUAUAUUAGAAACAUGAAUGCUGGGCUGGAAUGAUGGGGAUGAUGGUUGCUCUUUGUUGUGUUCCUAGAAACACUUUUUUUCCCCUUUUAGAAAAAAAAAAAUGUAGACAUUCAGCCUAAAAACACAUAAGGAAGAGCGUACAGUUAUCAUACGGCUUUAAUUUAGUUCUUUUUUUUUGUUUUUUUUGUUUGACACCUUGAGGGGACCUGCACAGUCACACAACAUGAUGUACUCUAAUACUGAACACUGGGUACUACGUUUUGUUUUUUCUAAAAAAAAAAAAAAAAAAACUGGUGUGUGUGAUGUAAUUGUGUGAGGAAACAUGGGUGUUGUGUUCUGAAAUAAAUUAUUUUCUCAAACGAA